CGUGUAAAUGUGGAUUAUUAAGUGAUGGUCAUUUCACACGCCGACAUGGAUUACCUACGAAGAAGAAGACUGACGCUCUGCCUUUGCGUCGUAUCUGCGUUUAUAGCGAAGGCCUGGAGCGCGGACGUGGUCAUCCAGAUCCCGAGCGAGCGCGUGAGGGAGCAGGACGGCCUCUACCGCCUGGACUACUGGCCUCCGCAGGGCAGUCCGCCGCCCAACUCCACCUUCACGCCCGCGCAGGUCGUCGCGGGCGUGAACCUGACGCGGGUGCUCCCGGGAACCAAGUACGACUUCCAGCUGUACUACACCAACGCUACGAUUAACGACUACCCGACGUGGACGGCCUCCAUCACGACGGUGCCGCGCCCGCCCACCAACCUGACGAUCCAGAGCAAGAAGGGCAAGGUGGUGUACGUGACGUGGGCGCCGCCGGCCAUCGGCGACUACUCCGCCUUCAAGCUCAAGGUCAUCCCGCUCUCGGAGCCGCAGAACAGCAACAAGAUCGUCAUCGUGCCCGAGAACCAGCUGCCGUUCCCCAUCCGCGAGCUCACCCCCGGGCCCCAACAGGCUCAGCUCUUCCCCCCAAACUACGAGAAAAAGGGGGAGAGGACCCCUAGGGAAACCAGCUUACGACGCGUGAGUCCCAACACGCCCGGGCGCUUCAUCGUGUGGUUCCGCAACGAGACGACGAUGCUGGUGCUGUGGCAGCCGCCGUACCCGUCGGGGGUCUACUCGCACUACAGGACAAGAUUCCAAGGUUUCAUAAUUCCAGAAUUCAGUGCAAAAGUAUACUGA